CCCAAUGACCAAAUGCGGCCAUUGUAGAUCGGUCGUGAAUCGUGAUCGGUCGUCGCUGCCGUCGCGUUCGAAGGUGCAUGCUACUGGGAUAACCUCGCUUUUCGCUCGGCCGCACACGCGAAGAAACGCACGCAAUGACGGAGGUAGUGGUGGCCACCGACGAGGAGCAGUUACUCUCCCGGAUCUCCAACCUCGUCGCCCGCGCCGCCGACGACGCGAUCUCGCGCGACGACCGGAUCUUUCGCUUCGGCGUGUCAGGUGGUUCAGUAGUACAACUGCUGGCCAAGUCUCUGCCUAACAUUGCAACUGACUGGAGCAAGUGGCGUUUCUUUUUCUGCGAUGAACGAGUGGUGCCCCUGGACGACUCCGAGUCCAAUUUUGGCCUCUACAAAAGUUGCUUGAUUGGAAAAGUGCCCGUCACCGAGGAGCAAUUCGUGAAAGUUGAUCCAGAACUCAAUGCCGAGAACGCGGCGAAGGAUUACAUUAAAAAAAUGGCCUUCUUCUUCCCGCCGGACAGAUUACCGAGAUUCGAUUGCCUGCUGUUAGGUGUGGGUCCGGACGGGCAUACGUGCUCGCUCUUUCCGGGUCAUCGGGCCCUCGACGACGAAAACAUGUGGGUCACAUGGGAGCUGAACGCGCCAAAACCACCACCCAGUAGAAUUAGCCUCACCAUGCCGGUCAUUAAUAACGCUCGCAUGUGUGUGUUCAUUGCCACCGGCGCUAGUAAGGCCGAGAUCGUCAAAAGGGUCUUGAGAGACAAGGAAGAUUUACCAGCUACCAGAGUAGAACCAGUUGACGGUACCCUUUUUUGGCUGCUCGAUCAAGAAGCGGGCAGGCUAUUCGACUCAGACUGAGAACUGCGAGGUGGAAUAAGAUAAGACUAUACAAGAUUUACAUAGUUUUUAUGACAUUCCAUAUUAUAUUACUAUGAUCAUCUUGUAAUUCUAUUUGGUCUCUAAAGUUUUCGUUAGUUCUAUAUUUUAGCGUGUUUUUUUUUCAUUACAAUUUACCAUUAAAUCGAUAGAAUAUUUGAAUAAGCGUUAUAUGCUCGUACCAAAGGCGUGCGAAAACGACUCGUGAGAAAAUUGAAAAUUCAAUUUUCGACUGAUAUUGCUCAACAAUGUCGUUUAUACAUAAAAAAAAUGUGCAAACUUUGUUAUCGUAAACUAAUCUGCAUAAUGUAAAAAGACAAUAUUUAAUAAGAAAGUAAUAAAUAUUUUGCAUCUUCAAGAAAA